UCCAAAUCAAAAAAAAAACAUCACAACUAAAUUUCUUCUAUUUUCUUAGAUCAGUGUAAUCUUUUAGCUCAUACUCAAUACAAAUGGCCUCCACACUCUCAUUUUCAUCGGCUCUACGUUCGCCUCUCGCUCCAUCACCCUCUGUCUCAUCCAAAAUCACUUUCCCGCUCUCUGUAGCCUUCCCACCGAGGAUGCCUAGUCGGAUCAGAGCUCAAGACCAAAGAGAAAACUCGGUUGAUGUUGUUCACCAAGGACAACACAAAGGGAAUGAAGGAUCUAGCGUACAAAAACGACCUCAGCAACGUUUAGCCAUGGAUGUUUCUCCUUUCGGACUGUUGGAACCUUUAUCACCAAUGAGGACAAUGCGGCAAAUGCUGGACACCAUGGACAGGAUGUUCGAAGACGCUAUGCCUGUCUCAGGAAGAAACAGAGGAGGAAGUGGAGUGUCAGAGAUUCGUGCACCAUGGGACAUCAAAGAGGAGGAACAUGAGAUCAAGAUGCGUUUUGACAUGCCUGGUCUCUCCAAAGAAGACGUAAAAAUCUCUGUUGAAGAUAACGUCCUUGUUAUCAAAGGAGAGCAAAAGAAGGAAGAUGAUAAUGAAUCUUGGUCGGGAAGAAGCGUUAGCUCUUACGGAACACGGCUUCAGCUUCCAGACAACUGUGAGAAAGACAAGAUCAAAGCUGAGCUAAAAAACGGAGUCCUGUUUAUCACUAUCCCUAAAACCAAAGUCGACCGCAAAGUCAUCGAUGUCCAGAUUGAGUAGAACUCCGUAUUAAAAAUUUCGUCUGUUUUCUGGUUUCUUGUACAUAGUAAGCGCAUUUGUUUCUCAAUAAAGUUUGCAUAGUGUGGUGUAAGUAAAAGAAGA